AUGAUCUGGCUUUCGGAGAGACAAAAAUUCGGAGUGGGCUUCACUGCCGGCGGAUUGGCAUUUUUUGUGCUUGGUAUAAUGACAUUCUUCGACUCGGGGUUUUUGGCAUUGGGAAACAUAUUGUUUAUCAUUGGGCUCAUACUAAUCAUUGGUCCCCAAAGAACAGUGACCUUCUUCACCCGCCCCACCAAAAUCAGAGGCACCUUGUGCUUUGGGCUGGGGAUUGCCCUUAUUUUGAUGAAGAGAUCGUUCAUAGGCUUCAUUUUAGAGAGUAUGGGGAUCUUGGGGUUGUUUGGCGACUUUUUUGGCACUAUCGUCACCUUUUUGAGAUCGAUCCCUUAUAUCGGGGAUUUGUUGAACCACCCAGCCAUUGCUCCUGCUAUUGAUAGAGCUGCAGGAAUCAACACCUUGCCUGUUUAA